AUGUCUGGUGGGAGCCAGAAUGGAACCGUUAACGCCUCUUACACAGAAUUCCUCCUCCUCGCCUUCCCGGGCUUUCAAGGGGCCAGAUACCUCCUUGCCAUUCCUUGCUUCUGCCUUUACGUCAUCAUUCUUGCUGGAAACUCCAUCCUGAUCUACACAGUGAAAGCGGAGGAGAGUAUCCACACGCCCAUGUGCUUGCUGAUUGCUUUGCUCCUCUCGGUUAACAUCUGUGGGGCCACUGUUAUCUUCCCUCAGAUGAUCCUCAGUUUCCUGCUUGGGGCCAGCCACAUCUCCUUGACGUUAUGCCUCACCCAGAUGUUCUUCCUCUAUUUCAUCCUCGUGCUGGAGUGCAGUGUCCUUCUCCUCAUGGCUUUGGACAGAUAUGUGGCAAUUUGCCAUCCGCUGCGCUAUGUGGACUUUGUGACGAAGAAGCUCCUAGUGGUGCUUUCUCUUGUGGCUCUUGCUCGCAGUAUGGCCAUUGUUAGCCCAGUGGUGAUCUUGGCUUCCCAGGUGAGGUUCUGCCGGUCCAACAUCAUCGGGCACUUUGUCUGUGAUCAUAUGGCUCUGAUGAAGCUGUCUUGUGGUGAUACUUCCAGGAAUAGGGUUGUAGGCCUGAUGACAAGAUCUAUCCACAUUGUUUUUGACUUCAGUGUCCUCUUGGGCUCCUACAGUCGUAUCAUCCAUGUGGCAUUACAUAUGACAUCUGGCCAUCUCUGGCACAAGGCCUUUCACACCUGUGGCACCCACCUCAUGGUCACGCUCACAAGCUACUCUUGCAGUGUCAUCUCCUCCAUUGUGUACCGCCAGGCCAAGUCUGCCAGUCAGGAUGUCCACAACUUCAUCAGUGCAGUUUACAUGUUCCUUCCAUGGAUUGUCAACCCCAUCAUUUACGGUAUUAGAACUAAAGAGAUCAGGGACAAUGUUCUUAAGCUUUUCCAGAGAAAGUUGCUCCUUUGA